UCUUAUUUAAUGUUAAAUCUUUUCAUAAACAUCAGAACUGGAGGGAUGUACUGGACUAUAUUUUACAUUGUCGUUUAUCUAGUAUUGAACAGACUUCUGAUAGAUGCUUCAAAGGUUAGACUUGUGGAUGGAAAGUCCUUUCAUGAAAAUGGCGCUGAUAUUUACGAAGGACGCUUACAAGUAUUUUACAAUAACGAAUGGGGGAAUGUCUGCGAUGAUGAAUUCACCCAGACGUCAGCCAAAGUGGUUUGUGGAAUGUUGGGAUUUUAUGGUAAUGCAAUUGCAAUAGCUAGUACCUACAAGAACGGUAAUAAGCGAAUAGUCCUUGACAGUGUUAGAUGUAAUGGACGGGAAAAAGAUAUCAUGAAUUGUAAACAUCAAGGAUGGGGAACACAUGACUGCUCACACGAAGAGGACAUCGGAGUAAGAUGCGAGCAAACUUGGAGGUUAAGCAAGUCUACAGAAGGGUUUGUUGAGAUUCAUAUAAUUGAUUCUUAUAUACCAGUGUGCAAUACAAAUUAUUCGGGGAAAAAGAUUUGCCAAUCACUUGGUUUAGUAGAAAGCAAUAAGAUUGUAGGAGUCGUCCCGGCCACUUCAAAAAUUCUACGGUUUGUGGACAUUAGUUGUACUGGCAAGGAACAGGUUUUAUCACAGUGCACUAGAACGGUUAUUAAGUAUGGUGUAUGUAAAACUGGGUUAAGUGCUUUCAAAUGUUUAAAUCAGAAACUUAUAAAUGGUACUACAUCUUACAAUGGACGACUAGAGCUUUAUCAUGAGGGGAAAAAGGGGUCUGUUUGUGAUGAUGGAUUUGGCGAUAAUGAGGCGUCUGUAGUUUGUAGAUAUUUAGGACAGUCUUGGAAUGGACGUUUUUCCUAUGAGUUUAAAGAUUGGACUGAAGGUUCAAAUUAUCUAUUGGACGAUAUUGACUGUACUGGAAGGGAGGCAAAUAUAUUAAGUUGCAAGCAUACGUCCUGGAAUUCUCAUAAUUGUGACCAGAAACACAGAGAAGACGUUGGGAUUCAAUGCUUGCCAGAUGAAAUGGCUCUCACAUUGGAAGGUGGAAACAACGAAAAUGAAGGUAUAGCUCAGAUUUUGUUGGGGAAACAAAGAACAAACAUAUGCAGUUUGGGAUUUGAGCGUGACGAUGCCUUUGUCUUUUGUCGAGAAUUAAUGAAUGAUUGCAGAAAUGUUAUAGUAGUAUCAGGAACCCAGUACAGCUCAUCAACAGAAUACAUAUACCAGGAGGCGUUCCAUUGUAAUGGUAGUGAAGCAAAGCUAAUAAACUGUCCUCGCUACUCCAUAAAAUGUCCAAGUGAUUUUAAAGUAGCGGUUGUCUGUGACCCAACACUUCCUUCGGUGACGUUAGAAGUUCCAUCUCCUUUGAUAGUUAACGAACCUGUGAACUUGACAUGUACUGCCACCGGCGGAAGCCCAUCUCCUAAUAUUUGGUGGAACUGUUGUAAUGAUAAUAACCGAACAUAUGUUAUCCAAUCUGAGAACCAGAUCAAAUCAGUUUUAGAAAUAAUUCCUUCGCGGAGAUGUAAUGCCGCCACAUGUACGUGUUUUGUUCAUCACACAGAGACUACAUUUCCGGAAAUUCAAAAAGCAGAAAAACUUGUAAUAUAUUAUCCUGUCAGAGAUGGUUUAAAUGUAACUGCUCCACUUCUUACUGAACACCAAUCUAGCAUAUUGACAUGUGAGGUUUCUGACGGCAAUCCCUUGCCUGACAUUUGGUGGACAUGCAGUGGAAUACCAUAUGAUAAUGUUACAUCGGUUGUCACACAUAAUUCAUCUUCUUCGACCUUGUUUUUGACACCAACUGUUGAUUACCAUAAUAAAACUUGCACUUGUAUUGGGAGGCAAUUCAACACAACGUUUGAAGACAUAUCUGAACCCACAGUAUUACGUGUUUUAUAUUCAGUAAACGAGGUGGAAGUAUCCUCUACAAAUCUAAUUGUGGGAAUUCGAUCUUAUCUGAUUUGUCGCGUAACCGGCGGAAAUCCAGAGCCUGUUGCAAAAUGGAUUUGUGAUGGAAAGUUUCAAAAAUCUUAUGAAAUUAGAUCAUUAGAAGCCGUAUUAGCACUAAUGUCAUUUAUUCCGACCUCAGCUCAUCAUGCUCAGCAGUGUACUUGUGUUGUUAGCCAGCCUGGAACAAAUUUCAAAGAAGUUCAUCAAUUAUUAGUCUUACGUGUAACGAGUCUUCCAACAACCACAACAAAGGAAAUGAUAACAGGAAAUACAAGUGAACUCUGGUCAAAUACAUAAUCUUAUCAAAUAUGUGUUAAAAUAUAGCAAAACAGUUGAGACAUACUGUGUCAUGUUAAAGUGUA